UGCGAUCGCACCACACUUCAAGUCUAAUUUGUGUGGAUUUGCGUGCAGUUCAUUGAAUUUCAUCUCGGAUGAAUUUCAAUAUUAUUUAUGCAGUGAUCACAAAAUGUUGGUGACAUUCGGACGUCGUGUUAGUAUCCUAAUUUUUGUGUAUAUCAUUUCAAGUGUUUAUUGUUUGCAUCGUUAUGGAACGCCGGGUGAUACUUUGUACGUGGCAGAAGAAAAACAGAACUCUCAAAAAGUAACUGUAAUAAACAGAUUUGAGGAUAACGAGAAUCAUUCUCAGCUGGAAAGGAGAAAACGAGAUGCGGUUCCGACACCGACACCCGCAGCACAGAAAAAUAUAAGUACAUGGACAACUCACCUAAAUGACAGCCAUCAACAGCUAAUGGUCCACUGGGUCGGUGAAGGGUCUAAUGUUAUUAUAUGUUUGGCGAGAGAUUCUAGUCCACGCGCUAAAGGUGGCAUCUCACCAUCAGCGCUCUUCAUCUCUUAUGACUAUGGCAAGAACUUUACAAAUAAAACUGAAAGUUUCCGUUUGGGCAAUGCUCCUGAUAGUGGCUAUGCACAGUUGGAUAAAUUCUUUAACCACCCAAAGUAUCCUGAAUUUUGUGUAUUUGUGGAUUCAACAAACAAAAAGCUCUAUUACACAAGUGACAAUGGUCGUAACAUUCAUAGAUCUGACUUGACAUUCCACCCGAGUGAGCUGGCUUUCGAUGAAGAGUUCCCUGAUAAAUAUGUUAUCUUGGACAAGGUUGACACCAAUAGAAAGUUAUAUCUUACACUGGAUGGAGGAAAAACAUUCAAAAUGAUUCAUGGUUUUGUGAAGACAUUCUUUUGGUCUUCGGGACCAGGUUUCUCAAAGGUGUUUUAUCUGGAGCGUUGGAAGCCGGAUAGAACAAGCACAGUGUUUAGUGCCAGUGACCCCACUGAUCUUAAUAACGCUAAUGUAUUGUUUGAGGAUGCAACGGACUUUCAAAUUAAAGGUGACUUCAUGUUUGCUACGAAGCAAUCUAAAGAGCGAAACACACUUAACCUUUACAUAUCACAUCAACGGGGGCCGUUUUACAAAGCAGAGUUCCAAACCGAGUUAGAUUUGAGGAAGUUCCACAUCGCCGAUGUUACAGACAAACGUAUAUUCGUCUCUGUCAUGCACACGGAGACGCUAGCUAAUCUGUUCGUGUCAGAGAUCAACAAUAACUUUUCGCAGUACAAUUUCGUGUUGAGCUUGGAGCAGAUUCUGUGCUAUUUCCCCGAUGGAAACUGGAAGGAUAGUUUUCUAGAGGACGUGACAGAAGAUCCUUUUACGGAUUUGUAUCGAGUAGAAGGCUUAAAGGGUGUGUACAUAGCAUCACGGGUCAACUCCACCACACUCGUAACAAACAUUGGCCCAGAGCACUUAGUGUCGAUGAUCACAUUCGAUCAUGGUGUCACUUGGUCACUUAUCAAUCCUCCUACGGAAGACGAAAAUGGGAACCGUCUCAACUGUUACAUGAACUACUCCUGCAGUCUACACUUGUGCCAGAAGUUCAGCCAACUGUAUCCAGUGACAAGGUCGGCAAGUAUCAUGAGUUCUAAGUCUGCUCCUGGCAUCAUUAUGGCAACAGGUGUGAUGGGGAAAUCUCUCAAAGGUAUUCCAGGCGUAUAUUUGAGUCGCGACGCCGGCCUCACGUGGAAAAGAAUCCUGAAAGACUACUACUUCUUCAAUUACGGGGACCACGGGGGCGUGCUUGUAGCUGUCAAAUAUUUCAAAUCCCGAGGCGAAACACGUCGAAUACUGUAUUCGACUAAUGAAGGCAUCGAGUGGAACUCUUAUCAGUUCAACGACGAUGACCUUCGUAUAUACGGGCUAAUGACCGAGCCCGGCGAGAAUACGACUACGUUCACUAUGUUCGGCUCCGCAAAUGAUCAGCAUCAAUGGAUCAUUAUAACUAUAGAUCUGCGUAACACUUUUGCUCGUAACUGCACCUCUGAAGACUACAAGUUCUGGUCACCUUCUGCGCUCAACUCUUCUGUUUCUUGCGUGUUAGGAGUUAGAGAGACUUAUCAAAGGAGAUUUGCUCACACUAAUUGCUAUAACGGUAUUGAUUACGAUAGACCAGUAAAGAAAGAGAUAUGCGAAUGUAGUAGGCGAGAUUUCGAAUGCGACUUUGGCUUUAUGCGACAGGGAAGCGAAUGCGUCCGGAAUAAAAGUUCUAGUUAUGAUCCUUACGCUAUUCCUGCGAAUUGUAAACCGGGCAAUUUCUACAAACGCACUAAGGGCUAUCGUAAAAUUGACGGUGACAUUUGCUACAGUUCAUCAUAUUUGCCGUAUUUACCUGAACGCAUCCCGUGUCCGAUCGAAGAGCCAACCGAAUUCUUGCUGAUCGCUCUAAGAGAGAAAAUUGCUCGUAUCGACUUAACAGACAAUACUACAUUAAUACCAGUAACGGAUCAGAAAAAUAUCGUGGCUAUUGAAUUUGAUAUGAAGAAUAACUGUAUAUACUGGGCCGACAUAGAGGCAGACAAAAUAAGUCGACAGUGUUACAAUAAUGGCACCACUCAAGAGAUAGUUGUCGAUACUGAUUUGGCCAGCAUCGAGGGCAUGGCAUUGGAUUGGAUUUCUAAUGUUCUGUUCUUUGUCGAUGGCAUGAGGAAGAAGAUUGAAGCUGUCAGAACAGAUCUGACGAACGCCGGGAGAAUGAGGCGAACAAUUCUAGAUUCCAAAGUGUUGUCAAAACCGCGUGGGAUAACGGUACAUCCUAAAGCCGGGUAUUUGUUUUGGACCGAUUGGGAUAGACUCCACCCUUCUAUUUCUAGGUCUAAUCUCGAUGGAUCUCAAGUGAAGAAACUUUUUGGGAAGCCUAUAGUCCAAUGGCCGAACGGCAUCACUAUAGAUCAAAUGUCGGAAAGAAUUUAUUGGGUUGACGCUAUGGAAGAUUACAUAGCGAGUGCAGAUUUGAACGGUCAAUAUUUCAAGAGGAUUUUGUGGAAUGACGAGACUGUUACACAUCCGUUCGCAGUAGCGGUGCUCAAGGAUAAAAUGUAUUGGGACGAUUGGAAAGCGAAGUCUAUUUUCGUCGCAGAUAAGAAUACCGGAAUGGAUAUACUGACAGUUAAUGAUUCUUUUACUGGUUUGAUGGAUUUGAAAGUGUUUGCACAUUUUAUGCAACAAGGUACAAAUGCUUGCACGAACAACACUAAGUGCGAUUCUCUCUGCCUCGGUAUGCCCGGGGGUGGUCAUAGUUGUCUCUGCCCGGAUGGUUUCACUAUGGUCAACGGGAAAUGUAUGUGUCCGAACGGUGAACAGCCCGCUGCUAAUUUCACUUGUCCGAAGAAACCUGGUCUUACGUGUGGACCGGAUCAAUUUACUUGUAAAAAUGGCCUUUGUAUAACUUCGACGUGGCGUUGCGACGGCAACAAUGACUGCGGGGAUCUUUCCGACGAGGUUGGGUGUUUAUGCACUCCACCGAUGAUACCCUGCGACGAUACACGCUGUUAUCUGCCACAUUGGAAGUGCGACGGUGACAUCGACUGCGCGGACAUGAGUGAUGAAAAAGAUUGCGACCAUCACAAUUGUUCCGAGAAUCAAUUCCAAUGUGCGAACGGGCACUGCAUAGAGAAACGUUGGGUCUGUGAUGGGGAUAACGAUUGCAGAGAUGGAUCCGAUGAACGAAAUUGCACUCUAACUCCCAUAAUACCGAUAGAAGGUGGCAGUUUAAAUUGCUCCGCGGAUAGUUUUGCAUGCAACAACGACAGCUCAAGACAUUGUAUACCCAAUUCUUGGGUGUGCGACGGAGAGAGAGAUUGUUUCGGCGGUGAGGAUGAGAAGGACGAGAAAUGCAAGCAUUCCACUUGCGCGCCGUAUAUGUUCAGAUGUCCCAGUGGAAAGUGUAUAUUCAAAUCUUGGAUGUGCGACGGUGAGAACGACUGCGGUGACGCAGAAGAAUCCGACGAGAAGAAUUGUACAGCGAACACUAACACGAAGCUGAUACCCCGCCCUACCACGGAGAAGAUAGACUUUCCAAUGAACUGUCUCGAUUGGAUGUUUCGUUGUGAUAACGGCAACUGUCUACCGUACUGGUGGAGAUGCGACGGCAUAGACGAUUGCGGAGACCAUUCCGACGAGAUGGGGUGUGGCGUCAUCACCACGGAGACCACCCCAGCGCCGCCCGAUCAUCCGAUGAAGAAGAACAAGUGUGGCAAGAGUCAGUUCACGUGUUCACCAGGUGUAUGUAUACCGUUGUCGUGGGUGUGCGAUCGUCGCGAAGAUUGCACGGACGGCUCGGACGAGGUCGGCUGCGAGCGUCAGACUCGGCCGCCUUCGGGCGGACACGCGUGCGCGCCCGACGAGAGCCAGUGCUCGGACGGCCGGGGGUGUGUCAAAGACGAACACAUAUGCGACGGUGUUGCUCACUGCGCGGACGGCAGCGAUGAAGCUUUAUGCAACCCUAUUGGUCACAAACCGUCAGUUACGUGUUCGGGGACGGACUGGUUCUUGUGCGACGACGGCGCCCUCUGUAUACCGCGUGUGAAAGUUUGCGAUGGACAACAGAACUGUUACGACGAGACCGAUGAAUCAAACUGCACCAAUACAGAUUCGCACCCUGCGCAACAACUGAUCAGCAUUGGAGUGGAUCACUCGUCUUUGAAUUCAACAAGUUUCCUGGUGUCUUGUUGGAUGCCGCAACAGAAGAUGGUGACGUACAGUUUCUUGCCGUCCAUCGCUAAGGUCUCUGAUGGUGUUUGGAAGAAUAUGACCUGGUCUAAUGACAGUAUUUACAGAUUCACUGGCUUGGACCCGUACACGAAUUAUAAUGUCACAUUUUACAUUAAAGAUAGCAAGUCGAAUAGGACUUAUGCGUCAAUGAAAUUUGAGAACACCACCACCGGGGAAGGAGUGCCAUCUCCUCCGCAACGCUUGACGGUCCGUCAGCUAAUCGGCAGCAGAGUCCAACUGCUAUGGGACCCACCGAAAAAUCCCAACGGUGUAAUACAGUAUUACACGGUGUAUUACGCCCCACCACUGCCGCCGAUACAGAACAACAUACCGGCCAUCGAUAAGAAGACAGUCGCCGUCACUAUCAAAGGAUACUUCAAGCCGCUCAACAAUUACUCGUUCUGGGUGACAGCGACAAACAAUGCCUUCACGUCUAACUCGUCUGAGGUAUCGUACAUCACGUUCGAAAACAGCGGCGACGUGGACGAUCUAGCUAACGUCAGUCUGUCCCGGCCCACGCCCACUUCAGUGUUUCUAUCGUGGCAUAAGAUACGUGGCGUAGAAGGAUAUAAGGUUCAAAUUAGAUUGCCGCCCAACUAUGCAAAGAGAGAAGUCGUCGACACCAAGGACUGUAAUGUCACGUUGAAUGACCUACCGCCAGGCGUUUCUAUGUUCAUCGAUAUCCGCGCGUACAAAGGUCCAGUUGUAGGCGUCCCAUUCACUAUCCCGACUAACACGAGCGGUGUACCCGACGAGACUUUGAAUCUAACAGCCAAACUGUUGAAGGACAGAGCUGCUUCGGUGCAGUUGUCAUGGUUACCGCCCACCGGUGAAAGAUAUAAGAACAAGACGCUCAGUUAUGAAGUACAUUAUACUAAUGUUGUGAGCGGAGUGCGGUACGGAGAAUUAGUUAACGAUACGAAAAUAGAGACCGCUCAGACUAGCAUCCAGGUGGACGGGCUGAACUUCUGUCAGAGUUACGUGUUCACUGUUGGAUUACUCGGUGGACCGCUGUCGAGGUUCGCCGAAAUACUCAUCAGGGAGGAUCCUAAGGCACCCGUGAAGAAUCUCCACGCCGAUUACGAUGAGAAGACGAAAAAACUAAACAUCCAAUGGAACGCUAACUGCGACUACCUUAGUGAUCCAGUCACAUAUUUAUUGGACGUUACCGAGUUGACUCAAGAUAAGACUAGCAGCUACGAAUUGUUGCCGACGAAGAAUGCAGCACUCAGCCACGUAAUAGAAAAUGUACCUCUCGGUGGAAGAUUCAAUAUUUGCGUACAGUCUACGGUGAGUGGGUCCGCGUCUCGCUGCGUGCGGGCCCGCAGCGGCGCGGCGGCGGGCCCGCGCGGGGUGGUCGCCUGGCGGGCCCCCACCGGACACGUGGUCGUGCGCUGGCAGGAUAUAGAAAAGCAUCAACAACAACACAACAACAACAAAUACCAAGUGAUAGUGUCACAAAAGGAGAUCCCCGAGGACUUGACGCGUCCCACUGACGACAUGAAGACGGCCGUGGCGGAGUUUUCGCCGGUGCUGAUGACGUCACCGGAGGGCGCCACUGGGCCCUUGUACGUGGCCGUGAGGGAGCUCACCGCGGACGGGUACUACGGCGACCUGAGCGAAGUGCACACCCUAGAUAUGGCCGGUGCUGAAGCCGAGACAGCAAGUGCCACCAGUGCUGUGUGGUGGGGGGUGGGCGGGGCCGCCAUAGUGGCGAUAGCGUUGGGCGGAGCUUUACUGCACGCUCUAAUGCGGCACCGCAGACUCGCCAGAUCAUUCCUCAGAUUCACAGCGCACACGCCGCGUUACGAUAGCCGCCGCGGGCAGGCGACCAUCGGCGACCACGAUGACGACGACGUACCCCCGAUCCAAGGGUUCUCUGACGAUGAACCGCUCGUGAUAGCGUGAUCCCCCCGCCGAUGUGAUGAAACCGUGAUCUUGUCAUAAAAUAGUAUUUUUUAAAAUAAUAUUUGUUAUUGUACCGCAGCGAUGCGAACCUAGCGAAUUUUGUACUCUAUAUUAGUCAAAAUGUGUCGUGGUAGCGUAACAAUAUGUUAGUUUAUGUAAAAAAAAAGUACUGAUUUAUUUCGAGCGUCCAGUGGUUGGACGAAACACUGCACCGAUGAUACGUUUCGUCGAUUUUCUUUCUUUCUUUUUUCUUUUUUUUUUUCCAAAUCUCAAUCAGUAACACGUAAUUACAGUCAACAGCACGUUAGUCUACAUAUCCAAAAAUGUCAAAUUUCUCCACGUGAUUUUAAACCUUAUUGUAUUGUAGUUAACAGUUCAAAAUGAAUUGAGAAAAUUUUACAUACUGUAGUAGGCUAACGUGCAGCUGUGUGUAACUAGGACUGUAGUAUCAAAAUAAAAUAAUUUUCUGUUAAAAUGUAGUCAAUAAGAGUGGAAUAAACAAUAAGGGAAAAUUAGUAAGGAAAAGGAUUUUUUUUUUUUUAAUUUUUCAAUAUCAUAUAUUUUUAUUUCAACAUCACGUGAUUUCAAACACCAAUCACGAUUAUUACGUCGUCACCCACAGUUACUCUUCGAUAAUUCAGAUUACGACCAGAAUCGUUUCGGUUAUAAAAUGACAUUGUAAAUAUUUAUAAAAUUCGACGAAACAAGUUAUCGGUGAAAUUGUUUCGGUCAACUGCCGAUACUCAAUUGAAUUAACUGACAUUGACUAAAUUAUUCGUUAUCCAUGUUAUUAUUUAAACAAGUUAGAGUAUUAUCAUGUUAUGAAGUAUGUUUUAAGUUGUAGGAAAUUGUUGUAUUUUAAUAUACAAUACAGGUGGGUACGCCAUAUGCUAUUAUUAUUUUUUUAAUAUUUAUACUAUCUACCAAAUGCUAGUUGAGUACGACAACGAGUUGUAAUAGUUUAUAAAUAAAAGACAUUUUUGCUUGCUCAUUAUUAAUUUUUUAUAGGAUAGAAAAACGUGUGUUAUUAUUAUGAAAGUAUAUUACAAGUUCGACACCAAAGAUCCUCUUAUGAAUAAGUACAUUGUUAGUUUAAAAAUCCAAGGUCUGUGUUGAACUUUAUGUGAGUAAUAUAGUUGUUUAGUAAUGGAUCUCUUCAUUCCCAAUUCCGAUGAUUAUGCUUAGAUUUUUUUUUAUAAAAUGCUUAGUUCCUAAUUUUUUGCUUCAAAAAAGAAAAAAGAUUUAUUUUCUGUAUAAAAUUUCGAUAAAUUCGUGUCUAUAAGGAGGCUCUAUAAGGAUGACACCAUUAAAUGUAAAAAUUGAAAAUGAAAUAAAACUGAUAAAAUAGAUA